UUGCGCAGACGCAGUGCGUCGGGUGCACAUUGGCUCCAGUUGAGAGCAGAGGCAUGAAUAAUACGCGCUGGUAGAGAAUAGAGGAGGGGUUGAACCUUCACCAAACAUGGAAGGAGAGCUCAGCUGGAUACUUCGUGUCUAAAGAACUGCACUCAGGAGGAAACAUCCCGCAAAGGCUUCACUUGCCGGAGGGGAGAAGCAAGCAAGCAAGCAAGGAAGGAAGGAAGGACUGACGAGCCUGUGAAGCUUCUGCAUUUUGAGCUGCCGGGCCUGUGAUUCAACGCUUUACAGCUUGAAUCCGUUACCGCCUUCUAUCGGAUUCCCAACGACUUAGUCCACCGACGCCUCGCGAUGUCGUCGCUCUGUGCGACCGGCAUGGCCGCCAAGCUGAGGAGCCAGUGGGACCGCAACGACGGCCUGGGGCAGAACCACAUGGCGGUGAAGUACCUGGGUCAGGACUACGAGGGCCUGAGGGCCCAGUGCGCCCAGGCCGGCAGGCUGUUUGAGGACCACCUGUUCCCCAGCGCCGCGUCGUCCCUGGGCUUCAACGAGCUCGGCCCGAGGUCCGCCAAGACGUCUGGAGUGCGCUGGAUGAGGCCCGGGGAGAUUUGCAAGCGCCCCGAUUUCAUCGUGGACGGAGCGACGCGGACGGACAUCUGUCAGGGGGCUCUGGGGGACUGCUGGCUGCUGGCGGCCAUCGCCUCGCUGACCUUGAACGACCACCUCCUCAACCGAGUGGUCCCCCAGGGACAGGGCUUCCAGCAGGGCUACGCCGGCAUCUUCCACUUCCAGUUCUGGCAGUUCGGCGAGUGGGUCGACGUGGUGAUCGACGACCGGCUGCCGGUGAAGGACGGCAAGCUGCUGUUCGUGCACUCGGCCGAGGGCACCGAGUUCUGGAGCGCGCUGCUGGAGAAGGCCUACGCCAAGCUCAACGGCAGCUACGAGGCCCUGUCGGGCGGCAGCACGUCGGAGGGCUUCGAGGACUUCACGGGCGGCGUGACGGAGAUGUUCGAGCUGGGCAAAGCCCCCCCCGACCUGUUCAGCAUCAUCCGGAGGGCCAUAGACAGGGGCUCCCUGCUGGGCUGCUCCAUUGAGACGACCAGCUCCAAUGACCGGGAGGCCGUGACGUUCAAGAAGCUGGUGAAGGGACACGCCUACUCCGUGACCGGGGUGGAGGAGGUGGUGUACAGAGGGAACGCCACCAAGCUGGUCCGCAUCAGGAACCCGUGGGGGGAGGUGGAGUGGACCGGCCCCUGGAGCGACGACUCCAGAGAGUGGGACAGCGUGGACGACUCCACCAGAUCUCGGCUGCGGAAGCGCAGCGAGGACGGCGAGUUCUGGAUGUCCUACGCCGACUUCCUGCGCGAGUUCAGCCGCCUGGAGCUGUGCAACCUGACGGCGGACACCCUGCAGGCCAGCCAGCCCAAGAAGUGGAGCUCGGCGCUGUACCAGGGCGAGUGGAGGAAGGGCAGCACCGCCGGGGGCUGCAGGAACUUCCCAGCGACCUUCUGGCUGAACCCCCAGUUCAAGAUCGCGCUGCAGCACCCGGACACGGGCACGUCCGAGUGCAGCUUCCUGGUGGGCCUCAUGCAGAAGGACCGCAGGAAGAAACGCCAGGAGGGCCAAGACAUGGAGACCAUCGGCUUCGCCCUCUACGAGGUUCCGAAGGAGUUUGUGGGAUGUUCGGGCGUCCACCUGAAGAGGGACUUCUUCCUCACGCACGCCUCCAGCGCCCGCUCCGAGCUCUUCAUCAACUUGCGGGAGGUCAGCUCGCGGCUGCGGCUGCCGCCCGGCGAGUACGUCAUCGUGCCGUCCACCUUCGAGCCGCAGAAAGAGGGCGACUUCGUCCUGCGGGUUUUCUCCGAGAAGCCCGCCGACUCCCAGGAGCUCGAUGACGACGUCAAAGCGGACCUUCCGACUGAGGUCCAGCUGGACGAGAGCCAGAUCGACCCGGCCUUCAAAAACCUCUUCAGACAGCUGGCAGGAUCGGACAUGGAGAUCAGCCUCACAGAGCUGCAGACCAUCCUGAAUCGGAUCAUAAGCAAACACAAAGACCUGAAGACGGACGGCUUCACGAAGGAAUCCUGUCGCAGCAUGAUAAACCUCAUGGACACGGACGGCAGCGGAAAGCUGGGCCUGAGCGAGUUCCACGUCCUGUGGGAGAAGAUCAAGCGCUACCUGACCAUUUUCAGGCAGUUUGAUUUGGACAAAUCGGGCACCAUGAGCUCCUACGAGAUGAGGAUGGCUCUGGACUCUGCAGGUUUCAAGCUGACCAACACUCUGUUCCAGCUGAUCAUCCUGCGCUACACGGAGGCCGACAUGUCCGUCGACUUUGACAACUUCGUCACCUGUCUGGUCCGGCUGGAGACCAUGUUCAAAACCUUCCACACCUUGGACACGGACAAAGACGGCUACAUGUCCCUCGACUUCAACCAGUGGAUCACCCUGACCAUGUUUGCCUGAAGACGAGCGGACGCCUCUGCUGCGGCCCCCAGGGGGCCACGUUCCAGAAGUGCCUUCUCUUCUCUCUCUCUCUCUCUGCAUUUCGUCUACGUGGUGCCUGCUUCGUCAACGUGUGCCGACUCGUUUACGCCUCGUUUUGGUUUUUCGCCCAACCAAGGGAACCAAACAUCUGGAAAAGAAAAGUUUUACAGCUGUAGAAGCCUUUGUUCGCAGAAAUAACGUUAUUUAACUUUUAAACAGAGGACCAAACCCGUCCCAGCAGCGUUAAGGGGACCCUCGGCACACUUUCUGUAGACUUCCUGAGGCUUUUUAUCGAUUUGACUUGAACAUGAAAAUCCUCUCUCCGCGUCUCCGCUUAAAAAGGCUACGAACGAGCCACGCUUCUCCGUUUGGGGGGGGCGGGGGGGGGUAACUCCGGUUACCGCGGCAACGUGCAGUAGUGAAACAAACGGCUCGCUCUAAGGGGACGCAAACACACGGCGCUAUAUUUUAAGAAAACACACUUAAUACUGUUCUAUUUCUGCUUUUUGCUAAAACAUUGCACUAAAUGCUGCACACGGUUUCUUUAAUUAAAAGGGUUAAUAGGGAGGUUUUUUUUUUUUUUUGUAGAAAAUUAGCUAUAAAAAAUGCUUAUACUUAAUAAUUUACACUUACCGAGCACUACGGGUUCCACUAACAGGGCCGCGUUCAUCCCCAGAGGGGAAAUAACACCUUUUUGAUCGAUUUAAAAAAAAAAAAAGGUAAUUUCCUCAAAGAGUUGAUGUACUUGAGGACAAUCUGCAGAACGCUCUUCUGAGAGUUUGUUCCGUGGGAAGGUUUGAGGCCACGUGGAGCUUACGCUUACCGACUUUCACGUCUCCGGUUUACACCCCCGGGCCAAACUUCGCCUGCUCGUCGAGCGGCGCCCGGUCGAGUGACGCUUCCCCCUCGAGGGGGUUUGGCUCAGGAUUCUGCACGGCUGUUUUUACCGAAGAAAUAAUGAUUUUUAUUUUUUCAUUUUUAUAUUGCAAGGGACGUCCCGGUGGGUUUUAAUGAGAACAAGUUGUUGAGGUGGAGGGAAACUUUUUAUGCAAGUUGUGAGCAUGCAGCGUGAAAUGUGAUUACAUCGUCUAACUGCCUGACUUCUGCCACAUGUGAAGUAUUUUUAACAAAGUGUCAUGCCUUUUUUUUUUUUUUUUUCAUUUUUGUAAAUGGAGGAAAUCGAUUUUGAAACGUUUACAUUGAUCCUUUACGCUGACGUCGCAGCCAGCGAUCCUCUGUUGGGUUUUUGCAGCGGAUGCUUUUGUAACCAAAUGUUUACGAGGGUCACAUCCAGGGUCACAUCCAGGGUCCUCCGGGAUCGAUGUGCAUCAUGUGACUUCACUGUGCAGCAUCUCUCAAACUCUUUGCCAAAUAAAAAUGGGGAUUUCAAUAGG